ACCCACAUGGCUCGUGAAGAUAAUGAUGCGGUAGUCUGAUCGUGUGAUUAUAGUGACUUAUUAUUUUAUUAAAUAUUUUUAGUGCCAUGUCUCAAAUGGAGGCAAUUCAAUAUAGUAAGUUCAACGAACUGAAAAGCCAGUACGAAGAACUGAUGCAAUAUUGUGAGAUUACUGGAAAAGGUCCGUAUUUAACAGCAAAUUCCACCGAACUGGAUGCAUUAAAAAAUGAAAACUUAAAACUGUCUCAUCGAAUUUCCAUAUUGAAACAGGCAAUUCAAGAUCUCAGUGAUUCUAAUAUGGAUAGUAUAUUGACAAUAUUAACUGAUACAUUCAGAAAAGCUGUAAAUCAGUCCUAUCCUGAUUUAACCAACCCUCCAAUCAUUGUAUCAUUGGUUGGAUCUCAGAUACCAUUUGGCGAUUACCAGUGUAAUUCUGCUCUACCCAUAUGCAAACUACUGAAAUCACAAGGCAUAAAGGCUUCUCCAAAAGAAAUAGCUGAACUUAUUGUCAAGAAUUGUCCCAAGUGUCCUUUAAUUGAGAAAGUAGAUAUAGCAAAUGCCGGUUUCAUUAACAUAUUUUUGUGUCGACAAUAUUGCAAUAAGAUACUAAAAGAAUGGUUGAAAAAUGGAAUUACUCCUCCUCGAUUAUCAGAAAGGUUAAAGGUUGUAGUAGAUUUUUCAUCUCCAAACAUUGCUAAGGAAAUGCACGUAGGCCACCUACGGUCAACAAUUAUUGGCGACUCUAUAUGUAGGCUCUUAGAAUUUUUAGGUCAUGAAGUUCUAAGAAUAAAUCAUGUGGGUGAUUGGGGUACACAAUUUGGAAUGCUUAUUGCCCAUUUACAAGAUAAAUUUCCGAACUUUAAAACUGAAAGCCCAGAAAUUAGUGAUUUGCAGACAUUUUAUAAGGAAUCAAAAAAAAGGUUUGAUGAAGAUGAAGAUUUUAAAAAACGUGCCUAUGCUUGUGUAGUAAAAUUACAAGCUUUCGAUGAGGAUUACUAUAAAGCUUGGCAAUUAAUAUGUGAUGUGUCCAGAAAAGAAUUCCAAAAGCUUUAUGAUAGGUUGGACAUUAAAAUUAUGGAACGGGGAGAAUCAUUUUAUCAAAGUCGAAUGGAAAUGCUUGUAAAAGAAUUGUCUAAUAAAAAUUUAUUAGAAGAAGAUAAUGGAAGAAUGAUUAUGUGGGGUGAGAAACAUGGGGAAGGAAUACCAUUGACAAUUGUUAAAUCAGAUGGUGGAUUUACAUAUGACACUUCAGAUUUAGCUGCUAUUAAGCACCGAAUAGAAGAGGAAAAAGCUAACUGGCUAAUAUAUGUGACUGAUGCUGGUCAGUCAACACAUUUCCAAAGCAUAGAAUCUUGUGCAAAGCGUGCUGGUAUUUUAAACUCUAGUAAACAUCGUUUAGAUCAUGUCGGCUUUGGAGUAGUCUUAGGGGAAGAUGGCAAGAAGUUUAAAACCAGAUCUGGAGACACAGUUAAGUUAAUUGACCUUCUUGAUGAGGGUUUGAGGAAAACAGAUGCAGUGCUUAAAAGUAAAGGAAGGGAUACAGUUCUUACGCCACAACAAUUGAAAGCAGCACAAGAGUCUGUCGCAUAUGGUUGCAUUAAAUACGCUGAUUUAUCUCAUAAUAGAAAUCUCGAAUAUGUAUUUUCCUUUGAUAAGAUGUUAGAGGAUAAAGGAAAUACUGCUGCUUAUAUGCUGUAUCAGUAUACACGCAUAAGCUCAAUUGCUCGAAAUGCAAAUGUUAUUCGUGAACAAAUUAUCCAAGCUGCUGAAAAUAUUGAUGUAUCAUUGGAACAUCCCAAAGAAUGGAAAUUGGGAAAAGUUUUGUUAAAAUUCCCUGAUGUAUUAAUAAAGAUAACACAUGAUUUAUUUUUGCAUCAUUUGUGCGAAUACAUGUAUGAAGUUGCUACGUCCUUCUCUGAGUUUUAUGAUAAUUGCUAUUGCAUAGAGAAAAAUAAAGCAGGUGAAAUUGUUAAAGUAAAUAUGAAUCGACUAAUGCUUUGUGAACUAACAGCAAUGACACUUAUUAAAUGCUUUGAUAUACUAGGUUUGAAACCGGUUUCUUUUAUGUAG